CCUCGUCCUCGUCCUCCUACUUAUCCUCCCCCUCCUCGUCCCCCUCCUCGUCCUCAUCCACCUCAUCCUCCUCCUCCUCUUCCUCCUCCUCCUCCUCCUCCUUGUACUCCUCCUCGUCCUCCACCUCGUCCUCCUCCUCCUCCUCUUCCUCCUCAUCCUCCUCGUCCUCCUCCUAGUCCUCCUCCUCCUCCUUGUCCUCCUCUUCCUCCUCAUCCUCGUUCUCCUUGACCUCGUCCUCCUCCUUAUCCUCCUCCUCCUCCUCCUCCUCGUCCUCCUCCUCGUCCUCCUCCUCCUCCUCCUCGUCCUUGUCCUCGUCAUCCUCCUCAUCCUCCUCCUCCUCCUCCUCCUCCUCCUCGUCCUCCUCCUACUCUUCGUCUUCCUCCUCCUCCUCCUCAUCCUCCUCGUCCUCCUCCUCCUUCUCGUCCUCGUCCUCGUCCUCCUCCUCCUUGUCCUCCUUUUUCUCAUCCUCCUCCUCGUCCUCGUCCCCCUCCUCCUCCUCCUCCUCAUCCUCCUCGUCCUCCUCCUAGUCCUCCUCCUCCUCCUUGUCCUCCUCUUCCUCCUCAUCCUCGUUCUCCUUGACCUCGUCCUCCUCCUUAUCCUCCUCAUCCUCCUCGUCCUCCUCCUCGUCCUCCUCCUCCUCGUCCUCGUCCUCGUCAUCCUCCUCAUCCUCCUCCUCCUCCUCCUCCUCCUCCUCCUCCUUCUCCUCCUCCUCCUCCUCCUCCUCCUACUCCCCAUCCUCCUCGUCAUCCUCCUCCUCCUCCUAAUCGUUGUCCUCCUCCUCCUCGUUUUCCUCCUCCUCCUCCUCGUCCUCCUCCUCCUCCUCAUCCUCCUCCUCGUCCUCCUCCUUGUCCUCCGCCUCCUCCUCCUUGUCCUCCGCUUCCUCCUCCUCCUCGUUCUCCUUGACGUCCUCCUCCUCCUCCUCGUUCUCCUUUACGUCCUCCUCCUCCUCGUCCUCCGCCUCCUCAUCCUCAUCCUCCUCCUAGUCCUCCGCGUCCUCCUCGUUCUCUUCGUCCUCCUCCUCCUCCUCGUCCUCCUCCUCGUCCUCGUCCUCGUCCUCCUCCUUGUCCUCCUCCUUUUCCUCAUCCUCCUUCACCUCAUCCUCCUCCUUCUCCUCCUCGUCCCCAUGCUACUCAUCCUCGUCGCCCUCCUCCUCAUCCUCAUUCUCAUCCACCUCCUCCUCCUCAUCCUCAUCCUCGUCCCCCUCCUCCUCCUCUUCCUCGUCAUCAUCCUCCUCCUCGUCAUCCUCCUCCUCCUCGUUCUCCUCCUCCUCCUCCUUGUCCUCCACCUCCUCGUCCUCAUCCUCGUCCUCGUUUUCCUCCUCAUCGUUUUCCUCCUCCUCCUCCUCCUCCUCCUCCUCCUCCUCCUCAUCCUCAUCCUCCUCCUAGUCCUCCUCGUCCUCCUUGUCCUCCUCCUCCUCCUCAAACUCGUCCUUUUCCUCCUCCUUUUCCUCAUCCUCCUCGACCUCCUCCUCCUCCUUCUCCUCCUCGUCCCCAUCCUCCUCAUCCUCGUCCUCCUCAUCCUCCUCGUCCGCGUCCCCCUCCUCCUCCUCCUCUUCCCCAUCAUCCGCCU